AUGGCUCAAAAUACGAAACAGGAACUCGACAAAGCUAUAGCUGGCAUGAACAAAGGAAUCGACAAGAAAGAAGAAAUGAGAUUGAUGAUGGCACCUUACGCAAACUGGGAUACCUUUCUCACGCCAGCUCCUCUAUCCAUCGCUUUGCUGGGACAGUUAAUUCUUAUUUCUUCGGAUGCCGACUUCAGUCUUCAAGACAAGAAAGAUAGCAUCAAGUUUGAAUUUCUGAAAUACCCUGAUUCGUUUCGUGCCUGUCUAGUGCAGGUCAGCAACAGAGGAUGGGAUGCCUUUAACAAGGCACACACUUCCAUGGAUCAGAUCCGUCUGUACUCAAGCAAUGUCGACAAGCACGUCAAAACAGCAGUGAAAUUUCUUAUCGCAGGGUCAGCUGAAGAUGUCCAAUCGAUGGUCCCCGAUGCGCUAAAAAACAUUGAAGCGAUCGCUGAUAAUUGUUUAGAGUUGGCCACGUCGGUUGAAAAAGAGUUCGUUGCUGUGAUGAAACUAAUUGCCGAACUCCUUGAAGCGUGUACACGAGCGAAGGGUCAACAUGAAGAGGAUCUGAAAGCCGCAAAGAUCGCUCAUGAAGUUGCAGAGGAGCAUAUGAAAGCCGUUAAAGCGGAGAAAGAACAAGCUGAAAGUAGACGAAAUGAAAUGGAAAAGCAAAUGAAAGAGGCGAAUGAAGAAUUCAAAGAUUCCAUUAAAUCAAUGCCUGGCGCAUGGGAUAUCAUUGGAAAAGCUUGCGCUGACACCAUGAUCAGUGCUACUCGCAUCGUUGGCACCAUACCAAGUAUGAUGUUGGGAAAACUAGGCCUCAAUACUCGUUCCUCACAAGAAUCUAAAGUCAAUGAGCCCACAAGAGAUUCAAAUCCUCCACAACAUUCUGAAGGCGCAUUGGCGAUUUAUAAAAUCGUGCCUGAGGUUUACGGCCUAGUGGAAACCCUUGUGGCACUUGCACAUGGUGGCGAGGUCAUGAAAGGCGAUGAAAGGGCAAAGCAUGGAGUAUUACGCUCUAUGAAGGCACUUGAAAGCAUUAAGAAAAAUCGAUUGGAAGAAGUAAAUGAAUCACGGAUGAAAACGAAAGUGCUGAAUCUGUGCAAAGAUGCGAUUGAUCUCUCCCAAACCUUGUCUAAGAAGCCACAACUGCAAUAUUCCCAGGAAGACAUUGAAGAGAUACAUUUGCAAGCAGAUAUGCUCCUCGAAGAGGCCGACGUCUUACUAGGUGUAUCGCAUUCCGUUCUUGGUACCAACGCCCUUCCAAAUACAUCUCCAAAUCUUGCCAAACAGCCAGUGUACAACAGCGAUGGUGGUUUAGUCCAACAAGCAUUGGACAGUUAUCGAUUCAGGACGGAAACAGCGAAAGAAAUGUUGAAGGAUUCUCGUCGCGCAUACGAGGCAUCUUGUGAUGAGGUUGCGAAGAAAUCAAGAGAGGUGACCAAUCUUCUUGUCGAAAUGAAAGAGCUCGACUUAAAAGAGAUAGAUAUGGAAAAAAUCAGGAAGACGUUGGUGAAAGGUAUUCAAGCUCUCGGUGAAUUGCGAGAACAGUGGGGCAAGCUGGUUCGGUUUUUCCAGAUGCUAUCCAAUUUAGUCAAGUGUUGCCUGAGUACCUCCCUCAAGACCUUUGUGCAAACCUCUCGUAACAGAUUGGCCCAAGGUGACAGUAGCAUGUCUGCUACCAUGCGUGACGUCAUCUUCGAACAAGCCUUUCAAGCCAAUCAGAUUGCGUACGUGGUGAACAGCAUUUCUAGCGUAUACGUGGAGGUGUCGGAUAAGCAUUUGAUGGAGCGUAUUACAUGUCUUGGUAAGUUGAUUGCACUGGAUCCAGCUAGCCAUAAACACGAGAUCAUGCUGAGGCGAGAAGAGCUAAACCAAGGCUGUGAAGAAGCUCAGGAAGCCAUUCGUAGAAUUGCUCUUGACAAGAAGAAGGAAAUAACAGAAGCAUUUGACAAAAGAAUUGGAAGAAUUGAAAGCGAAGUAGAAGCUUUACUGCCUCCGAUCUCGGAAAAGAGAGCUGAAGAGAUAAAAGAAAAAGUGAAAUCUAAUAUUGCAAUUUCAAAAGCUGACAUCGAAGCCGAGGUUGAUGACUUGACUUAA